CACGGAACAGAGCCGACCAGGAGACGGGCUCAUGCAGGAAGGUAUAUCACUGUGAAUGGGGAAUCUUAUAUGAUAACGUCCAUAGUCCCGCGGGUGACUAUUUAGCCUAGCACGGAGUGUCCGGAAGAAAAGCCAGUGUUUGGUUGUUUCAUCUCUUGUCGGCGACCAUGGCAGCGGCGACCGUUGUGGAGGCUGAUACGUCGGCAAACGAAGGCGGCGCUGCUGUUACUGGCGUCCCGAACUGGGACUGGGAUGAGUCUCAGCUCCGAAAAUAUUCUUUCCCAACCAAGCCCAUUCCGAGACUGUCUCAUACGGACCCCAGAGCAGAGAUGUUAAUAAGCAACGAGGAACCAGUGGUUUUAACAGACACAAACCUUGUGUAUCCAGCUCUCAAAUGGGACAUUGCAUAUCUGCAGGAGAACAUUGGAAAUGGGGACUUUUCUGUUUACACUGCAGAAAAUCACAAAUUCCUCUACUAUGAUGAGAAGAAAAUGGCUAAUUUUGAAAACUUUGUCCCCAAGUCACAACGAAUGGAAAUGAAAUUCUCUGAAUUUGUGGAUAAAAUGCAUAUAAUGGAGGAAAAAAAUGGAGAGGAGAGGGUAUAUUUGCAGCAGACCCUGAAUGACACGGUAGGGAAGAAGAUUGUUGUUGACUUCCUUGGUUUCAACUGGAACUGGAUCAACAAGCAGCAAGCCAAGAGAAACUGGGGACAGCUGACAUCCAACCUGCUGCUCAUAGGCAUGGAGGGCAAUGUGACACCAGCACAUUACGACGAGCAGCAGAACUUCUUUGCACAGAUCAAAGGCCAUAAGAGAUGCAUCCUCUUCCCUCCAGACCAGUUUGAGUGUCUCUAUCCAUACCCUGUGCACCACCCCUGUGACAGGCAGAGCCAAGUUGAUUUUGAUCAUCCUGAUUAUAAGAUGUUUCCCAAUUUUAAAAAUGUUGUUGGCUAUGAGGCUGUUGUGGGCCCAGGAGAUGUGCUCUACAUCCCGAUGUAUUGGUGGCAUCACAUUGAAUCACUGUUGAACGGUGGAGUGACAAUCACUGUAAACUUCUGGUACAAAGGUGCCUCCACACCCAAGAGGAUAGAGUACCCCCUGCGAGCUCACCAGAAGGUGGCCAUCAUGAGAAAUAUUGAGAAAAUGCUGGGAGAAGCACUUGGAGACCCACAUGAGGUUGGACCUUUACUGAAAACAAUGAUUAAGGGGCGGUAUGACCAGGAUCUCAGUUAGAGCACCACUCUUACCUGGACUGCGGUGCAUUUUGUUUGCCACGUGAAAUUGAGACUGCUGCAUGCGUAAUGCGCAUUCUGGCUUUUUUAAGCUACGUAUCACUGCACGGCAAUAAGCAGCCACCUGAAAACCAUUCUGCUUCAGUUGAGUGCCAGGGUCAUUGAAAAUGCAUCAAUCGCAGAAGACUAACUCACUGGAUUUCCACCUACUUGAAGAAGUUUUUUUUUUAUAUUUAGUUUUUGAAAAGAAGGCCUCAUUUGGAUUAAGUCUAUAUAUAUUUAAUGUAAAUCAGUGUUCUCUCAACAUUCUUAAUUCAAGCCAGUGGGUUUUUGGGUGCGUGUGCUCACCCAGUGAGUAGAAGUUGUCUAAGAUUGGUACCUGUGGAACAACCUCAAAAUUUUGACCACUAAUGGAUGAGUCAAAGGGUAUUACAUUUACAGUACACAACAGUUAGAUACUUUCUUAUAUAAAUGUUCUAACACAGUUAUGGAUUGAUUCCUUAGUGUGGAGUGAUCAAAUUGUAUCUUUAUCACUAAUACAUAAUAUAUACAUCUGAUUUGGUUCAUACCUCUAAAGUUGACAUGUCUUUUAAGGGUUUUAUAAAAAUAUAUCCACAUAGUAUGCAUUAUCUCACCUACCUACAUGGUUUUGGGGAGUGAUCAGCAAGAAUUUUUUGUGGAAAAAAGACAGCAUAGGCCGGGUAUUAAAACAUAAGUACAGUGAUUUUUAAACUGUGAUAAAAUAUGUGUAGGUGGGAAAAAAGGGGGCUCAUAUAUAUUCAGCUGAAGGAGUAUGUGACUGCUUGCAGCUAAAUUGUUUACCUGAGCGAUGCUGCUUUGUGUUUAUACGUGCUCUUGCUUGUUUGAGUUGUUUGACUUUAUCGAUUGUGCUAUUCUGCGUACCAGUAAUAGAUGAGGGGCACGGAAAAUAAAUGACUUACUGCAAUUUUAGUUGCAGAUACAGUUAACGUAAAUAAAAUAAAAUACAGUAAGUCACUGUUCUUGGGGAAACGUUUCAGAUUAAUUACCAGUAAUGUUUUCUAAAGAAUAUGAUGGUUAAAACUGUAAAAGUGGUUAACUUGAACUGCUUAAAUUAUAGAUUUAUG